GUCACCAAGGCCGCCAGCGCGGCGGAGGCGGAGCAGCACUCGUACACGGAGCUACGCAUAUCGGAUUCAUUUAGCUGACUAUCACUUGUGGUCUUACUCUCCGCCUCUCCUAAAGGCCGGCGCACAGACGUUGGACGGCGCAGUGUGUCAACGCCUGUGCAACGGUAAAGUCGCGGCGUGCACGCACAUGGACAUGUCCGCCCGGGUGCCUGUGGGUCAGGGUGUACUUCAGUCAGUGCCGUCGUUGUCAGCGUCAGCUUCACCGUCUUCAACGUCGCAACAUUAUUUCGGAGGAGUUUGUACUGUGUUAGGUGCCGAUCGCCCGUCAGAUAGCACAAUGGACAAAAACUCAUUGAGAGUGUUAGAGAUUCUCUCCACAAAGGCCUGUGCACAUGCUGCAAUAGAAAUUUUUAAAGAGUUUCCAAGCGCGAAAUAUUCCGACCAGACCGAACAGGAGACUGAUCAGGGGGGUUCAAACUUUUUUUCGGGGGUACUAGGCGUGUGGCGGAUCUUUGUAGUUAAAGUUAUUGAUCAGAGUAACAUUUUGAAAAUCGAUCUGGUAAUCGAUGGCAUUCAUAAGCUUGCCACAAGAGUUGUAUCAGCGAUAAGGAGUCAGUUAGAGCAAGUAGAGCCACGAGAGCCCAGUGCUGCUCGUCUGGAAGCAGCCUUGAAACGGAACGAGAGCUUGCUGCAGGACUUGAGGGUGGAGAUGGAGCGCCUAAGGACACGUGCACAGACACAGUUGUUGCCUGUUGGAUACGGCCCGGAGUUGCAAAGCAUAUAUCAUUCAUUCGACAUCUCGACACUCAACCAAAUUGUAUGUGCAGACGCUCUACUGGAAAUAUUUCAAGGAUCCACAAAAACAUAUCAGGCAGUUUCGACCGUGAUUUCGGAAAUACUUGUUUGUGGGCUGGUUGCUAGUAAUGCUGGGCGUCCUGCAAAUACUGAAGAAGUUGAAUAUGAAGUUAAAGUUAAAACUCAGGUGACUGAGAAACUUAAUGAGCUUGUAGUGAGUAUUUCAUCGGCGGUGAGAGACAAGUUGGAGUUGAAGUGUCGCCAAUGCCAGGUUGCAGUACUGGGUGGCAACGACGGCGCAGAAAAGUAGACCAGCCAGCCUCUCCGUCAAUGGUGUGCGUUGUGUGUAUUGUCCUGAUGCAAACCUUUUGCAAAUUCGAAAAAGUAAUUUGUAGAGUAAAUUAGUGGAUUACAUUUAUUUGUGGAGUAAGUAGUUUAUAUUCUUGGGCGUUCUACAUUUGUUCUUUAUUGGUUCAUGUACAAACUAUUAACUUCUUGGUAUAAUUAUGUGGUGGGAAUAAAGUUUGGGGGAAAUUUUAAUCGGUGGGGAAUAAAUAUAAUCUGGUAAACGUA